GACCAAAUGAGAGAGAGUAAAACCUUUUUGGAUGAGCGUUUUCUUUGCGGUGCUACGAAAAUGAGAAAUGUCUGAAGGCUGAGACUGAAGAUUAAGGUUUGAGUUAUUCUGUGUGGACAGCCAUUGGAGGCUUCUUGGAGACCUUGAGCUUCCCUUGAAUAUGCCUCCUCCAGAAUCAGUGCACGGAGGAGUCAAAAAAGAAUUCUCAGAUCGCUUCCGUGACCAAUAUAAUAGCUGGCUCAAUUCUCGCUACGAGAAAGAUGUAAAAGAUCCCAAACAAAAAAACCAUCUUUCUGCUGCAGUUUUGGACAAGAGGAAGGAGAAGAAUGAGGAUGUGAAGGCUGAGGAGGAUCGUGUGGUAACUGACGCUUCACCUCCGGUCUCAACAAUCCAUGGGUUCGAGAACGAGAUCAAGUCAUUGAAGCACUUCUUGUUGGAUCAAAAGGUUUACAAGGAGUUCAAGAGUCUUGUGAUUGUCGGAGAAUAUGGUGUUGGGAAGACAGCAUUAUGCAAGAAGAUCUUUAAUGAUGCUGAUGUGAAGAGUCUUUAUGCCCCGAGGAUUUGGGUUUCAAUGGAUAGAAAAGAGGGUCAAUGCAACACUAAAAAGGAGAAACUUGAUGGGAAGAUAUAUGUGUUGAAGAAGAUCUUGACAGCUCUCGGAGUUAAAGAUUCCGUCCUCGAAACUAUCCGUACAGAUGCAGUUCAAGAAGCUAAGGACAGUGAGGAAUUUGCAAGCAAUCAACAAGCUGGAGAAAUUGAUAGAGAGACAGCGGAAGAGAAGGAGCUCUCUGCUCUGCUCUAUGCACUUCACUUGAAUCUGAGGUGGAAGAAGUAUCUGAUUGUGUUUGAUGAUGUGCGAGACGACGACAGCUGGGACGAGAUUCUUCAGGACGAUGCGGAGAAACUCAAGAAAGAGAGUAAAUGGGGAAAGUAUCUAUCAGAUGGAUUCCCUAAAGGAUCUGGUGGAAGAGUCAUAUACACGGCCAGGGAUGAGAAAAAGACUCUGGCAAAGAAGCUAGUUGCAGAGGAACAUGAGAUACAUCGUCUUUGGCCUCUGACUGAUACUGACAGUGUCUGGAACAUAUAUGAAGAAGCGCUCGAAAAGAAUGGGGAAAAGCCUCCAAGGAACGACAAGAAAUGCAUAGAUGAGUUGAUGAACAAGUCCCGUGGUCUUCCUUUAGCUGCUAGACUGUUGGCCACGCUUCUUCCCGUGUUUCUCGACGAUGAAAAACCUGACCAGAACGGUUCAAACCAGGGCACUCCCGAAUCAGCCAGCAACACCACACCAGAAGGAACUAUUCCACCUCAGCAGGCUUGAGAAGAUUGAAGAUCCCUUUUCCAUUGUGUUUUUCUUUACCUGCUUUGGUUUGUCAUGAUUUAUUGUUUUGUUUUGAUGUUUGUCUCUUUUUUUCUUUUCUUUCUGUUGUAUCAAUAAUCCCGAAUCUCCGAGUAGUGUUUUCAUUGCCACACUAUGUUUUCUUUAGUUUAGUGUCUGAAAAUGUUGUGCUUUUAACUGAA